AGUCAAAUCACACAAUGACAAUCACAUGCUUUCCUUCUCUACUUGAGACGCUCCUGAUAAUUCCCUACUACCGUCGCCGCCGCACAACGGAAUCAAUGGUGUUCGCUCCUUCACCUUUUCGGUCGACCUCCUCUGCUACACUCUCUAUCCAAAGCCCUAAUUUAUCGUCAACAAUCGAUCAUCGUCUAAUCUUCUCCGUCUCAUUCGAUUCUCUAAACAAGCGACGUUCGGCCGCGACGGAAGUACUGUGCUGCGCAUCACAACCGAAGAACAUGGCAGCGCCGCCAAAAGAAGCGAAGCUAUGGGGAGGAAGGUUCGAGGAAGGAGUUACGGAUGCAGUCGAGAGGUUUACUGAAUCGAUAUCUUUCGAUAAAGCGCUUUACAAGCACGACAUUAUGGGUAGCCGUGCUCACGCUUCCAUGCUCGCUAAGCAGGGAUUAAUUAGUUUCAGCGACAGGGAUAGCAUUCUUGAAGGUCUGGACCAGAUACAGGAACGAAUCGAAAGGGGGGAGUUUGAGUGGAGGACUGACAGAGAAGAUGUACACAUGAACAUUGAAGCAGCCCUUACUGAUUUGAUUGGUGAACCUGCCAAGAAACUGCAUACAGCCAGGAGUCGAAAUGAUCAAGUUUCAACUGAUUUUCGCUUGUGGUGUCGUGAUGCCAUUGAUAUGAUUGUUGCACGCAUUAAACAUUUUCAGAUUGCAAUGGUAAAGUUGGCUAAGACGAAUGAGGGAGUGAUUGUCCCUGGUUAUACACAUUUGCAAAGGGCACAACCAGUUCUACUUCAACAUCAUCUCUUAGCAUAUGUUGAACAGCUUGAUCGUGAUGCUGGGCGUUUAUUGGAUUGCAGAGUUAGGGUAAAUUUCUGCCCUUUAGGAGCAUGUGCAUUAGCUGGCACUGGUCUUCCCAUAGACAGAUUCAUGACCUCUGAUGCUCUAGGAUUCACUGCUCCAAUGAGGAACAGUAUGGAUGCAGUUUCAGAUCGUGAUUUUGUUUUGGAGCUUCUUUCUGCUAAUGCGAUUAUAGCAAUGCAUUUAUCUCGGCUUGGUGAAGAAUGGGUGUUAUGGGCAUCAGAGGAAUUUGGGUUCAUUACUCCUAGUGAUUCUGUUUCAACAGGUAGCAGCAUUAUGCCUCAGAAGAAAAACCCUGAUCCAAUGGAACUUGUUCGUGGGAAAUCUGCUAGGGUUUUAGGUGACCUUGUCACCCUUCAAGUUUUAUGCAAAGGUCUUCCACUCGCUUACAACCGUGAUCUACAGGAAGACAAGGAACCGGUAUUUGACAGUGUGAAAACAAUUAUGGGAAUGUUGGAAGUAUCAUCGGAGUUUGCAAACAACAUCACCUACAAUAAAGAAAGAAUAAACAAGGCUUUGCCAGCUGGACAUCUAGAUGCCACCACACUUGCAGAUUAUCUUGUUCACAAGGGAAUACCUUUUCGGACAUCACAUGACAUAGUUGGAAGGGCAGUUGCAUUAUGUGUAUACAAAAAGUGUGAGCUUCAAGAGCUGAGUCUUGAUGAGUUGCGUACAAUUAACACAGUAUUUGAGAUGGAUGUGUAUGAGUAUCUUGGGGUUCAAAAUUCCAUCAACAAGUUUACUUCUUAUGGCUCCACGGGUUCUGAAUGUGUGGCUGCUCAACUAGAUUUUUGGAUCACAAGGCUCGGUAUCGAUCAAUGACAAAAUUUUGUAUUUGGGACAAAUAUAUUGUAAAACCUAAAUGCAUUUUGUUUUUGUUUUCUGAACCAUGUUUCAUUUUGUGGCUCUUGUCUUGCCC